ACACCCCCAACUUCUAUCCCAAGUUCAACCCCAAACAUGACCUCCGACUCGACAGCUCCUUUCCCAGCUCUUCCGAACGAGCUCGUUCAUCAUAUUCUCACCAUCAACGCUUUAUACUCCAAGCGCGCAUGCUCCAGCAUAACACUCGUCUCAUCAUGGGCUCGAGAACUUGUGCUGCCCAUCUUAUGGGAGGACGUGAAGAUCGACACUUUUGAUCAGGCGGAGGUGAUACAGCAUGUGGCGUCGCACUGCAAAGUCAUAGCAAAGUCAAGGGAAGCAAGCGAUGACGAAUCAGAAAGGAGAAAGCAGAACUGCCCAUUAGCGUUCGUCCGGAGACUAUGGAUAUCCACGACCGUCGCCAAUUCGAAAUUCGGCGCAGGGUUCGACAACACUUUCUUCGCUCAAUGCCACAGUCUUCGCGACAUCACCCUCCCCAGCACACUCCUACCUUCCCUUUCCUCCCUCCCUCUCCUCUCUACUCCCACCUCGGUUGCGUACGCCUCAUCUCAAUCAGACUUUCGCAUCACGCUGCUCGGCGGCGGACUUGAAUCACCGAACCCUUCCGCUGGCUUCACUGCAGCCACGUUUAUGCACGUCCUCAACCGCGUACCUACCAGACCAGCGUCCAUCUUAAGUUCAAUAACCCACCUACAUCUCCUCACAUACCCCCUCCUCUCGCUCUUCCUCUCCGAAUCCGGCGCUCUUCUCAGUCAGAUGCCAGCCCUGACACACCUCACGAUCCCAUUCUCGCCUUCCGAUAUGUGUAAGAGGGCGGUGGAGGUGGUGGUCCGAGAGGUCAAACAGCUGGAGGUGCUUGUCUGCGCGAUACGCACAGAAGAGUUCGGAAGGACGGUAGAGAGUAGGAUAGGUAGAAAUGGUGCGAUUUGGAGAGUGGCGAUGACCCCGAGGAUUGUGGACUCCGUCAAAGCCCUCCGGAAACGUGUUCUCAGAACGGACGGGAUGGGGAAGAGAAGGGAGGUGGUAUAUUGGGCGAGCUUUGAACCCGCUCUAUUUGAGGCCGAUUGGACGCAGCAUGGGCGACGAGACAUUUGGAGCAGGGCGAUGAGAGAGGUUCAAGAGGCUGAGGCAGCGGAAGCAGAGGAGAAAGCCCGAGUGUCGGUGGUAGAUGGGGAUACGAAAGGCAAGGGCAAGCGAGUAUGGGUGGAUGGGAUGUAUAACGAAGAAGCCACGGUGGAGGUUGUGGAUGUGGAAGACGGUGAUAGCGAGGACGCGUGCACUCUGGGAGCAGAACAGAGAUACCCCGAGCUGGCCAUGUGAAGAAGCAUACGAGGUAGGCUUUGAGUACUGAGGUUGUAUUUAUCUGUUUUUUUUUUCGGUGCUGCGGGAAUGUACUAUUCUCCUCCGCCAUUCACUACUAGCUGUUUGAAUGUGCCCUCCUUUCGGUACUCCGUAUUCUGUAUUU